AUGGCACUGGCAGAUCUCUGUGUCAGAAAGAGGAACUCGAACACGUCCAAUUAUAUCGACAGAUCCACCAUCUCUGCCAAAGUUGGGCUGCAGAUAUGUUAUGAUUCAAGCCCAUCUCUCAGCGGUUGCAGGGAGCAGGGACAGGGUCACAGGGGUCCCUUGAUUGUAGGAAUGGCCCCAACCUUCAAUGGUUUGACUAGAAAUUCCUCAUCAACUGGCUUGGAAAGUUCAAUUUUUAUAGAUACCCAUUUUAGAGGACCUGAAAAUACUUCUGGAUUUGCUAGCAUUUCAGUUAUUAAAAGAAAGGACAACGAAUCUGAAACUAGUGGGAAAGACAGAGAUGGUGUGAAUGGUAAUUUUACUACGGUACAAGAGAUCAGUGCACCUGUAUCAGAGACUUCAAGUUUUGAAGAGAAGAAGAGUGGAGCAAUUUCAUUGGAGAAAACUGAAGUUCAAAGUAGUGAGAAGAUUGCAGAGGAGACUAGACAAGCUACUUCACAGGAAAAAACUGAAACUCCAAUCAAAGAGGGGAUUGAAAAGAAGAAAAAAGGACCAACUACAGUGACAAAUAUGAAGGCUUCAAGGAAUGAGAGAAUUAAGGCUUCAAGGAAUGAGAGAAUUAAAGAAAAUAAUAUGAGAGAAUGUGAUAUUACAAAAGGGAGGUGGGUCUAUGAUGCGAGCUACCCUCUCUACAGUUCAUGUCCUUCAAUAGACGAAGGCUUUGAUUGUGUUGGCAAUGGGAGAUUGGAUAAAGAUUACAUGAAGUGGAGAUGGCAACCUCAAGACUGCAACAUUCCAAGAUUCAAUGCGACAAAAAUGCUGGAUUUGAUUAGAGGGAAGAGGCUAGUUUUUGUUGGCGAUUCAAUUAACAGGAAUCAAUGGGAAUCCAUGCUGUGUAUGUUAAUGGAAGGAGUUAAAGAUCCUAAGAAGGUGUAUGAGACCCAUGGUAGGAAAAUCACCAAGGAGAAAGGGAAUUAUAGCUUCAAAUUUGUGGACUAUAAAUGUACAGUUGAAUACCAUGUGACGCAUUUCUUGGUUCAUGAAAGUAAAGCAAAAGUAGGAUCCCGGAGAGUGCAGACAUUACGAAUUGAUGCCAUUGAUCAUGGCACAUCAAGAUGGAGAGGAGCUGACGUUUUGAUUUUCAACACUGCACAUUGGUGGUCUCAUUUCAAAACAAAAGCUGGGAUCAACUAUUACCAGGAAGGGAACCAAGUUCAUCCCCAGCUUGAUGUGUCUACAGCUUUCAGAAGAGCUUUGUUGACUUGGGCAUCGUGGGUUGAUAGGCACGUUAAUCCGAGAAAGACUGAAGUUUUCUUUCGAAGUUCGGCGCCUUCUCAUUUCAGGGGCGGACAAUGGAAUUCGGGUGGGCAUUGUAAGGAAGCUACUCAUCCCCUCAAUGAAACUUCAAGUAUUAGCUAUUCUGAGAAGGAUUCCAUUGUAGAAGAUAUUAUCAAGCGCAUGAAAACUCCUGUAACUUUCUUGAAUAUAACUAGUUUCUCUGGAUUUAGGAUAGAUGGUCAUCCAUCUAUAUAUGGCAAAAGACCUAGUAAGCGCUCAAGCAUUCAAGAUUGCAGCCAUUGGUGUCUUCCUGGUGUUCCCGAUACAUGGAAUGAAUUUUUGUAUUUUCACCUGCUGUCUAAGCAAGGCGGUACAUUUCAGUAA